AUGAUAGGGGCACUGGGAAAAGGGACUUAUCUUGGAAAAAUAGAUGUUAAAUCAGCUUUUAGAUUACUUCCGGUUCACCCUUCUGACCAUCAAUUACUUGGUUUCAAAUUUAAAGAUCAAUAUUAUUAUGAUAUGUGUCUACCAAUGGGUUGUUCAAUUAGUUGUGCUUUAUUGGAAAAGUUUGCACACUUUAUUCAGUGGGUUGUAGAAGUAAAAACUGGAGUUCACACUUUGAACCAUUACUUAGACGAUUUCAUAUUUGCUGGAGGCACAUUAGAAAUAUGUAACUUGUUGAUGUUUUCAUUCAAAAUUACCUGCUCUGAUUUUGGUAUCCCUCUUGCAGAAGAGAAAACAGAAGGUCCAAAAACAGUUCUUACGUUCUUGGGUAUAGAAAUUGAUACAGAUAAUAUGGUUAUUAGAAUUCCUGAAGAAAAAAUUAUCGAUCUGGAGAAAUCAUUGCUAGAGAUGUUACAAAAAACAAAAGUUACACUGAGAGAAUUACAAUCUUUAGUAGGUUCCCUAAAUUUUUGUGCUAAAGCUAUUCCAUCUGCUAGGGCCUUCAACAGAAGAUUUUGUGAUGCUAUGUGUGGAAUAAAAUAUUCCAGUCAUUUCAUUAGGGUAACAAAGGGAAUGAAAUCCGACCUUCAUGUGUGGCUAGAAUUUAUACACAGGUUCAAUGGAAGUGAAAAGGUUAUUUGGAUUGUUGGUUCUUCAAUUAUUAAGUGGGCGUUCUACUAUGCAAGAAAAUCCUUAGAUGGUGUGGAUUUAGGUUUAAGACGAGGAAGCUACAGAAUUUUUGGCAGGGAAAGGGAGAAAAAGUCUUCCUGGGCACGCCUAAUGAUGUGA